AUGCGCUGGACGAUCUUGACCCUCCUGGCCUUAGCUGCCCUCAUACACACCUGCCCAGGUGCGAAGAACAGGAGGGAUGCCCAGGUGGACUGCUUGGCCAGGUGCAUCCGUCCGAAAAUGAUCAAUGAUAUGAUGAAUACUUUAAAGGACAUCAGCAGAUCUUUGCCAAAUGUCAACAAUGAACAGAACAGAAAACAACGAUAUGUACCUAAAGUCUACAUUAAGAAGAUGAACGUCGCUGACAUCAACAAGAUUCUGGAAAUCUUCGAGGAUCAUGUGUUCAAGAAGCUGUGGAACAGUGAAACAAAGGAUCCUAAGAGCUUCACCCACGCCUUCAAUACAUUAAAAGACAGCAUGGAGCGCUGUAAGGAUCGUGGUCAAGUAACACUUACUCGCAACACAAGGGAGACGAUAAAGAACAUGGAAGAACGAUUCAAAAUGCUGAGUGCAGAUGAGCUGUGGAGGGCAGCAGGAGAUUUUCAGAUAGUACUGGAAUGGAUCAGUUUUUAUAUAGGCAAAAAAUCUCUGCCAUACAAACACCUGAGGUCUCCUUGA